AUGGCGGCCGCUUCGAAGAGGAAGAGAGAUGGUCCGGCGGUCGGCAUCGACCUCGGUACUACUUACUCGUGCGUGGCCGUGUGGCGGCACGACCGCAGCGAGGUCAUCGCCAACGACCAGGGCAACCGCCUCACACCAUCCUGCGUGGCCUUCACCAGCACCGAGAGGUUCGUCGGCGAGGCGGCCGUGAACCAGGCCGCCCUGAACCCCAUGAACACCAUCUUCGAGGUGAAGCGACUAAUUGGCCGCCGAUUCAGCGCCGAGUCUGUACAACAAGAUGUCAAGUUGUGGCCUUUCAAAGUUGUCGCAGGUCGUGAUGACCGGCCGAUGAUCAUGGUGCAGUAUAAAGGCAAGGAGAGGCAGUUCAUGCCUGAGGAGAUCUCCUCCAUGGUGCUCACCAAGAUGAGAGAGACAGCUGAGGUAUAUCUUGGUAAAACGAUCAAGAAUGCUGUCAUCACCGUGCCCGUCUACUUCAACAACUCCCAGCGCCAGGCUACCAUUGACGCGGGUGCCAUUGCCGGCCUGAAUGUAAUGCGCAUUAUCAAUGAGCCAACUGCCGCCGCCCUCGCAUAUGGUCUUGAGAAGAUGCCUGUCAGCAACAAACAAAGGACGGUGCUCGUAGUCGAUCUUGGUGGUGGUACCUUUGAUGUCUCCCUCCUGAAGAUUGAUCCAGGAACCAACAAGGAUAAGGGUCUCUUUGAGGUGGUGGCCAUCGCUGGUGACACUCACCUUGGCGGGGCUGAUUUCGACAACGAGAUGGUGAAAUACUCUCUCCAGGAGUUCACACGGAAACACAAGAAGAUGGACAUACAUAGGAACCAGAAGGCGCUUCGGCGGUUGAGGACUGCCUGCGAGAGAGCAAAGAGGAUGCUGUCUUCCACUACACAGACCACCAUUGAGGUUGACUCACUCCAUGAUGGCAUUGACUUCUGCACCACCAUCACCCGGUCUCGAUUCGAGGAGCUCAACAAGGGUCUUUUCAGGAAGUGCAUGGAGGCUUUGGAUAAGUGCUUAUGCGAUGCCAAGAUGAACAAGAGCAGCGUCCACGACGUCGUCCUCGUGGGCGGCUCCACCCGUAUCCCCAAGGUGCAGAGCAUGCUUCAGGAUUUCUUCUGUGGGAAGGAGCUUUGCCGGAGCAUCAACCCUGAUGAAGCUGUUGCGUACGGUGCUGCCAUCCAGGCCUCUAUUCUCAGUGGUCGAACCGACGAUGGGAGAUUAGUGGAUAUGCUUCUGCGUGAAGUUACGCCACUCUCGCUUGGGAUUGAAACUGAAGAUAAUUUUACAAUGAGCGUGGUUAUCCCGAGGAACACAGCCAUCCCGACCAAGAAGGUACGGCGCUUCACCACGCUCUACGACAACCAGACCAGCGUUUCAUUUCCAGUGUAUGAGGGCGAGAGCACGAGCACCAAGGACAACAAUCUGCUCGGCGAGUUCGUGCUCACCGAUGUACCCCCGGCACCGCAGGGUGUACCUGGUUUCGAUGUCACCUUCGAUAUCGAUGCAAACGGCGUCAUGAAGGUGUCCGCCGAGGACAGGGACACUGGGCGGAAGAACAGCAUCACCAUCGUUAACCACGGCGGUCGACUGCGCAAGGAGGAAAUCGCGCGCUUGGUACCGAAGGCUGAGAGGUAA